GCACAAGGUGAAGUGAAAGCGUUGAAUACGUUCUUCAAUUUAAUGGCGACCGAACCAGCUCGUGCAUUCUACGGCCUGAAGCAUAUCGAAAUGGCGAACGAACACUUGGCGAUUGAAACUUUAUUACUGUCUGAUUCAUUGUUUCGUUCGAACGAUAUAAAACAACGUAAGAAAUACGUCAAUUUGGUCGAAUCAAUCAAGGAACAAGGUGCGAAUGUAUUAAUAUUUUCGUCGAUGCAUCCCAGUGGUGAACAGUUGAGUCUGUUAAGUGGCAUAGCAGCCAUACUGAAGUUUCCGUUGCAUGAGCUCGAAGAUGAGGAUAUGUCCGAUAGUGAUGAUGCUGAUGAAAAUAACGAAUCGAAUAAGAAAUGA